CCUUCCCGUCAUUUCCAUUCUACCCGUAUCCUCUUCUUACACAACAUAAACCUCGACAUUUCCCUUCCGACUACCUUAUUAUUAUUUUUCGUUCCCAACUCCAUUUUUGGACCUAUCUUUCCGAGGCAAACCCAGGAAAAUUGAAGAUGCAGUUGCAACACUUCGCCGGCGCCGUCUACAAGAGGGCUUUUGACGAAACGCCUCAUCAAGCCGAGCUGCCCGCCUGGACUUACGCAGUCUACUUGGCCGACUUCCUCGUCUUCCUCCCCCUCAUCCUCUGGACGACCUACACCCUCCACCAAAUCUACCCCAUUUUCGCAAUCGUCGAGGACGAGAACCCGCCCGCUUACGACCCCGUCAACCUUGCCGAAGAUGACGGCGCCAUCCUCUCCGCCGGCCCGGAGGCGCGCCCCGACGGCCCUGUCCCGAUCACCAAGGACGUCACCGGUGGCCGCUCCACCACCGUGACCUCGUCCAUCCGCUCUAUCCACCGUCUGCUGAAGACCCACGGUGGCUGGCGCGCAAACUUCCGUGGCUUCGCCGUCUACCUCGUCCAGAGCGCCGCCACCACCGCCCUCUUCGGCAUCUUCUCCGCCUUCUUGCCAGACAUGCUCGCCUCCCUCGCGACCCUUCUCGCCGCUCUGUCCCUCGUUCAGCUCAGCGCCGCCUGGGUGCACAUCAUCAUCACCCCGAGCAGCCCCCAGCACUUCUGGCAGCGCUUGCCGCCCUUCAAGCGCGCCUUCGACGCCACCGCCCGCCCCGUUGCCGCCCAGUGGUUCGCUGAGCAGCUUGCCACCUGGGUCCCCAUCGCCAUCGGCUGGGCCAUCGGCAUGGACCUGCCCAACAUGCAGUACGGCGGGUCCGGAUCGAACACGCCCCAGUUCCACACCUCGGACGCCUGGAAGAGCAUCGUCGUCACCCUCGUCAGCAUCGGCAUUCAGAUCAUCGUCGUCAUCCCCGCCCAUGUCGUCCUCGUCCGCGUUCAGGCCUCGCUCCUGCCCGAGGAGGCCAACACCAUCAUCCCCUUUGACCGCUCCUUCGAGGGCAAGGUCGAGCCUCGCGUCGUCGGCGGCAAGGGCUACGCCACCAUGGACGACGCAUGGAGCGGCUUCUCCCGUUCCGCCUGGAAGCGCCUCGUCAUCCUCUACGCCAAGAUCUUUGCCGUCACCUUUGCCGCCUUUUUCUUCAUGGCCGCCAUCAUCCUUCCCCAGGUCAUUCUCAUCAGUGCGCAUGCUAAAUAGCUUACUGGUUGGCGGUCGUUGCUCGCCGAGUCCAAGUCGUCCAGGCUUUGCCUCGGAACUCUCAAUGCUUGGUCUUGCGUGGUACGAACGGACUUGGCCAUCAGAGCAGACUUUUGCUUGACUUGACUUUGCGACGUGGCUAACAUAUUCCUCGUACAUCUUUCUAUGGUAAUUUCUGUCAUUGAGGCGGCGGGAGUUUGCCCUCCCACAUCUCUGUCUCGUUGUGUUGUAUCAAAAAUAGUCACCAACAAAUCUCUUUCAUCAUUCGCACACAUACUCACUCAAGUAGAAAAUUGAAUAUGCACUCACCCAAGCCCAUCGCAGUAAUUCUGGCAACAAGUAUCGUUUUCUAAUGUCAUUAACCGUCAUCGUCUUGGGUUUCAUAAGCAGGGAGACUAUC